AUGUCUUUCAACCGAGGAAUAAAACGUGAUUCUUUUGGGAAUCGAAAUUUUAAUAACCGAGGAGGAGGUGGUGGUGGUGGAGGACGGGUUGGUAACAUGGGAAGUGGUGGUGGUGGAGGAGGUAUGGGUGGCAAUAUGGGUGGUGGAAUGGGUGGUGGUGGUGGAGGAGGUGGUGGAGGUGGUGGUGGAAGUGGUGGAAUGAAUCCCUGGGAAGGAGGAAUGAUGCCUGGCAGAGGAAUUUUACCAACACCUAAUAAUAAUUUGUCUUUAGCAUCACCGCAAGCACAAUUAGCAAUAGCCAGCAAUCUCCUUACAAAUUUACUUCGCAGCCAACAAGAAGUACAGCCUCAGCAGGUACCAUCACUUCUUAGCCUUGGAAAUAACUUUUCUGGACCAGGACCUAACUUUCCAAAUCAACAGAAUUUUUCUUCAGGGCGUUUUAAUGAUCGUCCUGUUAGACAUCCUAUGAAGAAUCAACGACCACAACCAUAUAAUAAGAUGGGCAAUCGCCCCCGUGAUGGCCCUGGUGGGCGACGUGGUCCAUCUGCACAACAAUCUCGUGCACCCCAGUCUGGCAAUCAGCGUAUGAAUGGAAACCAAACUCAACAUCACAACGAUAAAUCUUCUAAACCAAUUCCUGCCUCUAAACAAAAUCAGACUGCCAAAAAGGAACAGCAGGACGUUAAGACCUCUGAUAAUGAAAAAACAGAAGCACCUGCUGUAACAAGUGAAGAAAACGAAGAAUCAGAAGACAAGAAAAUUGAUUGGAAGGAUAUAAAAAAGGAAACUGAGGAUGUUCAAAGUGUUGAAACUGAAGAAGCAAAAGAAAAAUCUCAGGAUGAUGGACAACAAAAAUCAGAUAAGCCUGCAACAGAAGAAAUAGCGGCAAGGGAAACAAAUAUAAUUGACAAGGAUUCAAAAAUGACAGGGAAGAAGUCAGAAGCUAGACAUGCUGAAAGUCGUUAUGCGGAAGUUCCAAUGAGUCACAUGUUCUGUCAUAUAUGUAAUAAGCAUAUGUGGGAUGGAUAUUCUUUCGAAAAUCAUUUACGAGGACGAGCACAUCAGUUGAUGAUGGAAAAAUUAGAUGAAUCAUAUAAAUUAAAAGUUGAUUUGAUGCGACAUGAAUUAAGAGUAGCAGAAGAACAACGUGAACUAAGUUUGACUAAUUCGAAACGUCGUGGGAAAAAGGUUUCUGUGGAUCUUAAUGUACGUGAAUAUUGUACAAUGUGUGAUUUAAACUUCUAUGGAACAUUAUCUACUCAUAGAAAGAGUGAAAAACAUCAACAAUUAAAAACAUUUUUACAUCCAAGAUGUUUCCCAUGUUUAAAAGAAUUCCCAUCGCGUAUUGAAUAUGAUGAGCAUUGUUUAACUCCUGGACACAUGAAGAAAGCUGUACAAUGUGAAGAACAGCGGAAAAAUAAAAAGAAAGAAAAACUUGCAAAAGGAGAAUCUGAAAUACGUACUGCUGAAGAUGAAGAAAAAGAUAUUGGUCCUGAUAAUAAAAAUGAAAAAGAAGAAGAUAUUACAGGAGAACAAGAAUAUAUUACAGAUAUUGUUGAGAAUUUGGCCGAAAAGAAAUUGAAAAUUCCAUCUUAUAAAUAUUGUCGACAAAAUCAAAUUUCAAUUGGAAAAUCUAUGGUGAAAGAAGUUCAAGGAUUUUAUUGUGAAAAAUGUAGGAGAUUUAUGCUUUUAGUUGAAGAUAUGAAUGCUCAUUUACGUAGUAUUACUCAUUAUCGAAAUUUCGUACAAGAAGUAAAAACCUUAACUUCGAAUAUAGAAACUACAGAACAGAAAUCAACAGAAAAAUCUGAGACAAUUGAAAAUGCUCAAGAAAAUGAUAAAGAAUACGAUGGAAACUGGAAACGUCGUAAAAUAGCUAAUCCUGAAGAUGAGAAUAAUAUCGAAAUGAAAGAAGUGCAAGAAAACAAUACUGAGAAUGCAAAUCCUCAAAAAAAGACCGAUGGAGAUGAAAAAUAUGAUCCACUUGAAGCUGAUGCAGAAUCUGAAGAAGAAGAAGCUCAUGAAGCUGAAAACAACGAACAAUCUUCAGAAAAUGUUAUUAAUACUCAAGAAAAGAAAACGCCAGUUGAUAAAAUGUGGGCUGAUAUCGAUAAUGAUAACGAGGCGGAAAUAGGUAAUUUAAUUGAUGACGGAGAUGAAAAAGAACAUGUUGACCAUGAAAAAUCCAUUCAAAAGUUAGAUAGAGAAAGUCCACAAAUAAAGUCAACACGUGGUCGAGGUUUUGCACGUGGACGUGGUACUCCACGAGCACGAAGAGCUCGACGAUAAAAUGAUCUCUAUUUUAAAAUUAAAGUAAGCUUGGGUAUAUUCUAUAAUUAUUAUAUUUCUUAGUCCUGCAUCUACUCUUAGAUUUCAUUAGUUUAUUUAGUAUCUUAAGCAGUCAAUGUUUGCAUGAUUUAAGAUCUUAAAUUUUCUGAAAAAAAUCUACCAUAAUUGAAUAAUUAUGGCUAAUUUUUUAUAUGUACAAAUCGGAUAUAGUAGCAUUAUUCAUAUAUCAUUUAUGCUAUAAACAUUUAACGCUAUAAUAUUAAAAAAUAUAUAUAACUGAUUUACCCAAGCUUGUUCGAAGUUUCUUAAUUAUAUAUUAUCACAUUGAACUUCAGUACACACAGAUUGUUAAACAAUAUGAUAAAUUUCAGAACUAAAGAAAAAAAAUAAAAAGAUAUGCUUUUAUGUACUGACAUUGGUUAUCUUGUGACUAUUCUGUAUGGAAAAAUAUUAUUAAUAUUUAGUGAUUAAUUUCUUGCGCUGGAAUUUAGUUCAUCAAUGAGCAUGUCUAAAUAAUCUGUUAUAUUUCCAUUAAAUCUUAAAGAUGUGACUACAGUAAAUAUAUUUUCUGAUACAUUAAUGAAUUCGUCAGAAUAAUCAAAUAAAUAGAUUCUUACAAGAAUA